CCUGCCGACAGAGCUGCAGAUGAGACCCAGUGCAACAGUGAACAGUGGAAGAAAAUUUGAAAUUUUGCAAAUUGUUGCCUGGUCCACCCAUUCACAUUUGAAAAGUCGGCAGCCCAAGCCCCACGCACGCCUAAAAAUAGUCUGACUCCAACCAAACCAGUCACUCACGGCAGGUCACUUUUCCUGAGAGGAUUAUGGAGAUGAAAGGACAAGACCUUCUCCAUUGAAUUGAACCCUGAUUGAGGACUUUCCACCACCACCACUGACCUGCUGAAAUUGUCCUACUUGUUAGCCUUUAAAACCUCAAAAUGCUCAAGACAUCUUCCCUAUUCUUCCGUCUGUCCUCCAGGUCCAUCAUAUCGUUGUCACGAAAAUGGAAUGUCCUUGCUGUUACAAAGACAUCAUUCUCUUCUUCGGCAACUAAUAACCCUGGCGCAUCUAGCAUGAUCUCCACAAUUACCUCCACCCUCAACAAAUCCAGUUCCAGUACCAUUGGUAAUACCCAACCCAAGAUGAAAUUAAAGGAGAAAAUGCGCAUCUUCUGGACCAGCCUGUACAUUGACUACAGGGACGUUAUGUUGGACGCUGUUAGAGAAGGCAGAGAAAAGCCAAGGAAGGCCAUAUUCUACUUGGUCAGUCUCGGAGGCAUCUUCUACGCCAUGUUCACUAAUCCUGGAAGAAAGAAUUAUUUUGAUUUUGUCACCAAAAUGGAUACCGAACUCUCACUAAUUGCAAAGGAUGUCCGGAAUCCGAUAUCCGUCUCAUACUUGCAGAAUGUGCGACAAAUGGAGAUUAAAGGACUCUUGCGACAUACCAAUUGUGCCUUCUUUUCCGUUAUAUGGAGGGACCAUGAGAAUCCGGAGGCAGCAGUUUUUCAUGCCAAAUGCAAAUAUGUCAAGCCCCGCUGGUCAGAGAUCUUGUCGGAGCGCGUUGUUGAUGUGGGGUUUGUAGGAAGAUGGUGGAUUUUGACAAAGAAAAUGGUAGAUUUCGACGUAAAUCCGACCGAGUGGGAAGACUCUGAAAAGGAGAACGAGUGGUCUUUCGCGUCGUUCUUUUCCCCUCCAGUUGUUAAGGCUUUUACUACUAGUUAGACUCUUUGUCCUACGUAUUACGUAAUAAGAAAACAUUUAGAAAACAAGUAAUUGCAGUUGAUAUUUAGACGUAUUUUGUAUUAAUUGCUUGCUGAAUUGCACAAAUUGAUCUUUCCUGAAUAAAUUUGUUAACCUUCAUUAAAUCUGAAACCUAUACAUCACGAUUAAA